CGCGGAAAGGUAACUAACCGGUGUAUACAAAUUUGCGCGCGAGCUAGAAGACGCCAUAUUUUGCGAGCUUUAGAGAUGGGAGAUCUUUCAAAAUCAUCCGUUUUUUUCUCCGAUCAACAUCUCUGCUACGCCGAUAUUCUCCCUCCAUCGCAGGUUCGAGCUAGAAUCGAGGUUGCAGUCCUAAAUUUCCUCAGAUCCCUAACUUCUAGCUCCCCUUCAAUCUCCGAUCUUCCUCUGAUUAGUAGAAGUUCGAGCAAUAGCAGAGUGAGUCGAGGACUUUUGAGUGAUGAGUCGUCUAUUUUUCUCUCUUAUUCAUAUUGUACGCGUUCGUUAAUGAGGGAGAAUACUGCUAAGUCUUUUGUAAGAGUGUGGAAGGUUAUGGAAAUGUGCUACCAAGUUUUAAAUCAAGAAGGGAAAAAGGUGACCCAAAGAGAAUUAUUCUACAAGCUUCUUUGUGAUUCACAAGAGUAUUUCAAAACUCAGUUGCAGGUCAACAGCACAAUCCAAGAUUUGGUAGCAUUGCUUCAGUGUAGUCGCUACAGUCUUGGAAUAAUGGCAUCCAGCAGAGGAGCAGUUUCUGGCCGACUUUUGCUACAGGAGCCAAACCAAGUGUCUGCGGACUGCUCUGCUUGUGGAUCAUCUGGUUAUGCUAUUUCUGGAGACCUGAGCGUGCUGGAAAAAUUAGUUUUGAAGUCGGAUGCCCGGUACAUCAUUGUAGUUGAAAAGCAUGCUAUAUUUCACCGCCUCACAGAGGAUCGCAUUUUCAAUCAAAUCCCGUGCAUUCUAAUCACUGCAAAGGGAUAUCCUGAUAUUGCCACUAGGUUUCUUCUGCAUAGGAUGAGUAGGGAACUUUUUGGCAUCCCAAUACUGGGUUUGGUGGACUGGAACCCAGCUGGCCUGGCCAUACUGUGUACAUUCAAGUAUGGAAGCAUAGGGAUGGGUCUGGAAGCUUUUCGAUAUGCUUGCAAUGUAAAGUGGCUGGGGUUGCGAAAGGGUGACAUAGAGAAACUGGUACCGGAAGAAUCAUUAGUCCCACUGAAGCAGCGAGAUCAUCAGAUAGCAAAAAGCUUGCUAUCGUCGGAGGUUUUGCAGGACAAUUACAAAGAAGAAUUGGCAUUGAUGGUUGAGAAUGAAAGGAGGGCAGAGAUUGAAGCUCUCUACUUCCAUGGUUAUGAUUUCUUGGGAAAGUUUCUUGCAAGGAAAAUUGUGCAGAUGGAUUAUAUUUGAAUUUAUACUUCAGUGUAUUACAUUGUUUUGUCAUUUGAUUCAGUCACACUCAAGUAUAAAUGUCUUAUUAUAAAAGUAUACCAAGUAAUUUAAAGAGGAUUCAGGUUACUUGAGAAGUUUUAUUCAAUGAUUUGACAAUGAAAGACUAGUAUGUCAUGUUCACGUGUAGAAUGAAGCAUCUCUAGCACAACUGUUGGAUUCCGCUAUGCAAGAAAUGAAACAGUUACUACAAUGAAGUACAUACAAUUCAGUGAUCUGCUCAUUCUGAAAAAUCCUAUCUUGAAUGCCAGCCUUUUCCCACAAAAAUGGAAAAAUAUGGUCUAUGUUUGGUACUGUAAUAAGGCAUACAAAAUUUUCUCAACCUUAGGUUGCUGGGCUUGAUUACAGAACCACCUUUCAGAAGUCAGUUGUGCAUCACAUUUCAAAUUUCUUUAUCUAUUGACAAAUUUUAUUGUCGUUAAUACAGUUGGCACUUAGCACCCAUAUUAUUUUCGUGGCUGUUGCUCUCUCAGGGAGAGAUAUAGUGGAAGCCAUAAACUCCCACGUAAAUUCUAAUAACUAUAGCCUAUAGGGCAAGUUUGGAUUCCAAUGACCUUGCAUCAAACUAACACUAUUUACCUUCUCAAUCACGGUUUUACAGUUUACUUCCGCCUUCACACCAAUAUAAACAAACAAUCAGUCUUUCCCU